AUGCAAGUUAAUUUGUGUUCAUCUACCCACAAGUUGCAACAGGGAGCCACCAUCCCACCAAACCUUCCUCAUCAAGAUGCAGUUGAAGCAGAAGGUGCAGAGAAUGACCAGUCAGUUGUCAAGAAUCCAUUGACAUUCAGGGAUGUAGCUAUCAAUUUCUCCAAGGAGGAAUGGGAAUGCCUGGACACAUCUCAGAGGGAUUUGUACAGAGAGGUCAUGUUGGAGAACUACAGCAACCUGGUUUCUGUAGGCCUUUCUGUAUCAAAACCAGAGCUAGUCACCUGCCUGGAACAGAAUAAAGAACCCUGGAUUGUGAACCCAAAGGAAGUAGAAGGCAGAGAAUCAGCUCUGUUUUGUUAUCCCAUUCAUGAUUUGUUCCAAAAAGAGCACACACAGGAUCAUUGCCAUAGAAAAAUAUCAGAGAAGUUUGGAUGUGAUGUCCUUG